CCAUGACUGGCCUUACACUCCAGUACAGUAGGUGGCGGGGUAUGCACCUUAAAAGUUGGAUGCGAUCCGCCAACCCAAACCCGAAGCAGCAGAAGAAGAAGUAAGAGCAGUCCAUGGCUUCUUCAGACGUCUUUGUUGCUGCUGCUCGCAAAUGUCUACGAGUUGGAAAGAAACGCUUCUCUGCCACUGUGAGUCUGAACCUGGCUACUCAGGUCCUGGCUGUGGACUUGGGCCUGAAGCCCGCUCUGCUAUAUGACAGUAAUACAGCAUCUGCAGAGCAGGUCCAACAGUAUUUAAACUCUCUGCAGGCUGCACAACUUGUGUCUAAAUCUCUCCAGACAGUGGUCAUCAGUGAUAAUUCCUUGAUUGUGAACCCAUCCCUAACUAUAGCAAACUUGGAGGCACUUCUCUUGAGGAGGACUGUGACUGUGGUGGAUGUAUGUCACUCAUUGGAGCAGCCUGCCAUCACUGAGCUACAGUGGGGAGCCAUCCGGGACAUGAUUCAUGCUUUACUUGCUCAUAUUAGACAGUUUGGGCAACAUUCUGCGAUGAGAAAUGUCCCUCACCGAAUUGAAAAGAGACAUUGUGAGGCAUGGAAUCUGUGUACUCUAUUUGGGAUUCUAUUGGGCUACCCCUCCACAUACUGGUUUGACCAGAGCAGGAGCUUUGAGAACUGCCUAGCUAUGUCUCCGCUGGUGGUGACCAAGGCUGUGGCAUCUUGGCAGGGUGGUGGUUCUGGAGUUGAGGGUCACAGGUGUUGCCUGUAUUCCUUCAGCACCCCAGAGAUGUUGCAGGCAGAGAUUCUGUCAGUGAUGGCUAGCUGGACUACACAGCUUCAGGAACGAUUUCAGCAACAGACGAUCUUCUCUGACCUCAGUGUAACAAGAUCAACUGUCACCUUACCUUCUGUGGCUCUAUGAUUAUAAUGGCACUUUGUGGAUGGAUAUUGUAUGAAAAAUGUGACGGUAUUUGUAUUUUGGAUAUUGUCUGUAAAACAAUUGAUAAGCAAACAUUGAAGCAGUUGUUCAUGUUUACAAACUGAUUUACAUAAUCAAUUUGGAAACACAAUUUAUUUAAAACAUAAAUGCAUUUGUGAGGGAAGUUUACACCAAUGACUACAUCAAACUUGUUGGAUGCGUUGCAUUUUGUUUUGGUUGUGUUUCAGAUUGAUUUGCCCAAUAGGAACUGAAUGGUGAAUAAUUAAUAUUGUUUCAUUUUGGGGUCACUUAUUGUAAAUAGAAUGUAUGUUUCAGAACACUCCUACAUGAGUGUAUGCUACCAUGAUUAGGAGUAAUCAUGAAUAAAUUGUAAAUGAUGAGUGAGAGAUUAAGAGGCACAAAGAUCAUGAUCAUCUUUAUUCCUGAUUUUGGGGGAAUUUCAUUUUUUAUUAAACUAGGCAAGUCAGUUAAGAACAAAUUCUUAUUUACAAUGAUGGCCUACCCCGGCCAAACCCUAACCCGGACGACACUGGGCAAAUUGUGCACUGCCCUAUGGGACUCCAAAUCACGGCCGGUUGUGAUACAGCCUGGAAUCGAACCAGGGUCUGUAGUGACACCUCUAGCACUGAGAUGCAGUGCCUUGGACCACUGUGCCAAUCAGGAGCCUAAAAUAGUAUAAUAUGAUCAUCAUUAUUCAUGAUUAUCUGUAAUCAUGGUAGAAUCCACAUUAGUGUUCAGAAACAUUCUAUUAUUUUUUACCAUAAGUGACUACACAUUAUUCGCCAUUCACUUCAUUUUGGGCAAAACAAUCUGACACACAACCAAAACAAACUGUAUAUGCAUCCAACAAGUUUGUAGAGUCACAAGCUUGAUGUAGUCAUUGUGUGCUAGGAAUAUGGGACCAAGUACUUAUUACUUUUUCAAAUGGGUGGACUAGAUGCAUAAAAUGUCUUCAUUUCUAAACAAUAACACAUUUAUGAAAAUACCCUCAAAUUAAAAGCGACAUUCUAUA